CAAAAUAAAACUGAUGCCAGUCCAAUACCAAAAUGGGAAUGUUGCACAAUUUGGCCGACUUGAUAAAGAUUAAAAAGGAUAAAAUGACAAUUUUGGUGUUGGGCCUAAACAACAGUGGCAAGUCCUCGAUAAUCAAUCACUUUAAAAAGUCCAGCGAACAGACGUCCAUUGUUGUGCCAACUGUGGGCUUUAUGGUGGAGCAGUUUUACAGCAUGGCUGGUGUUAGCAUAAAAGCAAUCGAUAUGUCUGGAGCUACGCGGUACCGAAACCUUUGGGAGCACCAGUUUAAGAACUGUCAUGGAAUCAUAUACGUCAUCGACUCAAGCGACCGCAUGAGAUUUGUUGUGGUCAAGGAUGAGCUGGAUCUCGUGCUGAAGCAUCCAGAUUUAUGCAACCGAAUUGUGCCAAUACUCUUCUAUGGGAAUAAGUCGGACAUGGAGGAUUCCCUGUCCAGUGUGAAAAUAGCAGCAGCUCUCAGAUUGGAGAACAUCAAGGAGAAACCCUGGCACAUUUGCUCCAGCAACGCCAUAUCUGGUGAGGGACUCGGCGAGGGUGUCCAAUGGCUCAUUCAGCAAAUGCGUUUCGCCAUGCUAAACAACAAAGAUGCGGCAAAAGCCAGAUCUAAGCACUCUAAAUAG